UAGUUCCUCUACAGUCCCGCGUCACCGUGUCGGUGUUUUUACUUUCGAUUCACAAUAAAACGUUUCUUAAACUUCUUCCUCUCCGAUGAUGAUGAUGAUGAUGACGUCGUAUGAAGACGUAGUAAGGUUUAUAGCUAAUCAGCUGAAAUGUCCGAUUUGUUUUGACUUGUUCAGUGAGCCGGUGACUUUAGCGUGCGGACACAGUUACUGUGUCCGGUGUAUUAAAGACCAUUUAAAGCGGAAUGUGAGGAGAGAAUGUCCUCAGUGUCGAGCUGAGUGUCCAGCUGACUGUAAACUACACAAAAAUGUCACCAUCAGUGCUAUUGUGGACUUACAGCAGGCGGGGGGACAGGAAAUGUGGGACAGGGUCCUGACCGGAAGUGACGAACAGGGUGGGAGCUGUUUGAUGAGUGGCAGGGCUUAUGAGUCAUCAUCCUCAUCUUCAUCUUCAUCAUCAGCAGUGGAGGGGUCGUAUUCCUCACUGGACUGUGAAGGAGGACGUCAGAGUGCUGAGAACAGCUUGAGUCUUCAAUCAGUCCCCCAGAAUGAUGAGGUUUCUACAAACUCAGAGUCUGGAAAACAGGAGAACAGAGUGAGUGUGUCAAAAGAUUCAGACACUAGCAGGAGGUUCUCUGAUAAUGGAACAUCUGCAGCUGCAGCUCUUAGUGCUGAGUUCGUCUCGCUGUCCUUCCUGCCCCAGAAGGGUCACAGGCGUUUGGUUUUUACCUCUCAGAGUCAGAGGAUUGAGGUGAGGUCGUCCCUGAAUCUGAGGACACAUUUAAACCGCUUUGAUAUGAGUCAGUGGAUGGCGGAGCAGGAGUUCACCACGGGGAGAUUCUACUGGGAUAUAGAAACGAGCGCGUGCAGUGGCUGGGCGGCCGGAGUGGCCUACACCCACCUGGGAAGAGACGAGAGGCUCGGGAGGAGUAAAUCCUCCUGGUGUAUCGAGUGGAGCAGCGGCAGGUUCAGUGCCUGGCACGACGGCUCAGAGACGCUACUGAAACAGAGACAUCCGAGCAGACUUCGUGUCCUGCUGGACAUGGACGCUGGACUUCUCUCCUUCUGGACUGGAGAGGCUGGAGAAGCCGAGCUGUAUAGCGUUCAGGUGGAGUUCAGACACUCGGUUAGUCCUGUGUUCUGGCUGUUUGGGACAAAGUCUGGAAAUGCCCUGUCCUUCCCCAAACCCUGACACCAGCCUCACACCUGAAGUCGUCUCCUAAAGUCGUCCAGAUGGGGAUGGGGAUUUAUUGUUGUACUGUUUACCAUUUAUAUUAUAUUAUAUUAUAUUAUAUUAUAUUAUAUUAUAUUAUAUUAUAUUAUGAAUAAUGAUUGUACAAUAGACAUUUACACUGCAGGCUUAAUUGCUUUAUUUCAUUGUUUAAAUACUUUUAAUAAGGUUAACAGAAUUGUGAUUGACAGUUCAGGUGUCCAAUCAGCACACGGCGUGGUGACGUAACAUACGUGUGAACGUAACGUUCAAAAACCCGGACAAACUUAACCGGGCGAACAAAUGAACAAACCGGCGAUGUUUCACUACAUUUACCGCAGAAUCCGGUUUUAUAUUUAAUAUAAACAACUAAAUACAUUACGUGAAAAUAUUUGCUAGAGAAUCUGUAUCACCUCUGUGUGGCCCAACGCGCAUGCGCGACAUGUGAGCUGUCAUGAUACCCCCAGUGUUUGUAUAGAAUCAGCUGCAGGACUUCUGACUGUAUAGAAAUGAGUAGAAUUCAGGAGCAAUGAGGAAAGACGUGCGGAUGUUACUGGUCGGAGAGUGUGAGUGUGAUUUAUAAACCUGACUGAUGAGAAUCUGAUCAUUAUGAUGUUUUUAUGGCUGUAGAAGGUCACAGACAGUAAUAACGGCUUAUAACGCGUUAUAACACUAAUGAUGCAGUUCAGGGGGAUUUCACAGCUAUUUUUAAUAGAUGACGUGAUGAUUUAUGCCUCAAGCUGUGUAUCAUUUAUAUCAUGAUAAUGUAAGAGAUUGGUAUGUAAAAUAAUAUUUUAAAAUUAAA